AUGGACAAGAUCCGGAAGGAAUGGAACCAAGCUAUGACCACACACAACUUUAAAGCCAUAACUUUUUACAAGGUACUCAUUGACAAUGGCACAAGAGUACCAUGGAGAAAUCUGAUCCGAUCCAACAAAGGCCAACUGCGAGCGGUAUAUUGUCUAUGGCAAGCUUGUCAUGGGAAACUUGCAACCAAAGAUAGAUUGAAACGAACAAGACACAUAUGGAAGGAAACCCUCGAAUGGUUUAACAUUCAACAUAAACCCCAACAAUGGGAAACAUAA